AUGCCUGGCGCUACAUCUGACUACGGCAGCAGCAGCAAGUAUGACCAGAUCCCGGGUCCCCUCGGGCUGGCAUCGGCUUCGCUACAAGGCAAGGUGGCUCUCGUGACGGGCGCCGGCCGCGGGAUCGGUCGGGAGAUGGCUCUCGAGCUCGGACGCCGCGGCGCCAAGGUGAUUGUCAACUACGCCAACAGCGACGCGGCCGCCCAGGAGGUGGUCAACCAGAUCAAGAAGAACGGGUCGGACGCGGCCAGCAUCAAGGCCAACAUGGCGAUCAUCGACGACAUUGUGCGGCUGUUUGAGGAGGCCCACAAGACGUUUGGCCGCCUCGACAUUGUGUGCUCCAACAGCGGCGUUGUGUCGUUUGGACAUGUCAAGGAUGUUACGCCUGAAGAGUUUGAUCGGGUGUUUAACAUCAACACGCGCGGCCAGUUCUUUGUCGCCCGCGAGGCGUACAAGCAUCUGGAGGUUGGUGGUCGCUUAAUCAUGAUGGGCUCCAUCACGGGCCAGGCCAAGGCUGUCCCCAGGCAUGCUGUCUACUCGGGGAGCAAGGGCGCGAUUGAGACGUUUGUGCGGUGCAUGGCUGUUGACUUCGGUGACAAGAAGAUCACCGUCAAUGCUGUUGCGCCCGGCGGCAUCAAGACGGACAUGUACCAUGCCGUGUGCCGCGAGUACAUCCCCAACGGCGACCAGCUAGAUGACGAGGGUGUUGAUGAGUACGCUGCCGGCUGGUCUCCGUUUCACCGCGUUGGUCUCCCCAUUGACAUCGCUCGUGUCGUGUGCUUCCUGGCGUCCCAGGACGGCGAGUGGGUGAAUGGCAAGGUCAUUGGCAUCGACGGCGCUGCUUGCAUGUGA